AUGCCUAUUCCUCGUCGCGCUCUUAUUGCUAUCACUUCGGCCCACGCGCCGCUGUACCCCGACGGCGGUGAGACGGGCCUGUUCAUUACCGAGGCCCUGCACCCCUUUGAGGGCUUCCGCAAGGCGGGCUUCGAGGUGGACCUCGUCUCGGAGACGGGCCACUACUCGCCGGACGCCCUGUCGCUGACCAAGCCAUGGAUCAGCGACGAGGACCUCAAGGUGUACAACGACCACAAUUCCGAGUUCCGCUCCAAGCUCGACAAGCUCAACAAGCCGAGCGACAUUGACGCCUCCAAGUACGGCCUCUUCUUUGCUUCGGCCGGCCACGCCUCGCUAAUCGACUACCCCGAUGCCAAGGGUCUGCAGGAGAUUGCCGCCAAGAUCUGGGAGGACGGCGGUAUUGUCUCGGCUGUGUGCCACGGCGGUGCCAUCUUCCCUGGCAUCAAGGACAAGAGCGGCAAGUCGAUCAUCAACGGCCGCGAGGUCACCGGCUUCACCACUAAGGGUGAAGAGGAGGAGGGUGUGCUCGACACCAUCAAGAGCUGGAACCGCCCGACGAUCGAGUCGUCGGCGGCCGCCGCCGGUGGCAAGUACAUCUCGCCUCCGGGCCCCUGGGAGUCGUUCACGCACACCGACGGCCGCCUGGUCACUGGUGCGAACCCCCAGAGUGCGGUGGCAGUCACCGGUGCUGCGGUCAAGGCCUUUGAUGCUUUGUAA